AUGCGCUUCCAAUCUCCCCAGCUUGGCGCCCUCGGCGUCACCUUCACGGCUCUUCGGGCCAUGCAGCUCGUUUCGUUGGUUGCCGUCAUCGGUUUGAGCGCCAACUUCAUCAAUGAGAUGGUGACCUCUGAGCGUGAGGCACCGGAUGUCCUGAUUGGCACUCUCGCCGUGGCCAGCAUUACCACACUCUAUUCGGCGAUAUCUUACAUCCUGUACUAUGACGGGUUGCUCCCUCUGCUUGUCGCGGGUGGGAUGGACCUGUCUUUCCUCAUUGCUGCUAUCGUGGUGGCUGUCACCAUCGGCAAACCGCUUUCCAUGCUGAAGUGCGAGAUUCUGCCCGAGCCAGCAUCAUCGACCCAGACAUUCACCAUGUCCAUCUCACCCCGCGAUUCAGCCGCAGUCAAGUACAACAGCUACCUUGCCUUGAUCACUACGGACCAGCCGCAUUGCUACGAGAUCAAGGCCGUGUGGGGCCUGGCCAUUGCCCUCUGCGUGCUUUAUGCCUUCUCGGCUCUGGGGUGCGCGGGCGUACGAGCGGAGGCCACCAUUGAAAAGGUCCCGGGGUCCUUCGGAGAAACACACCACAUCUCCGGACCGACCGCGCUCGGUACUCGACUCCUGUCGACGCAGAGUCGUGGACCCGGGUCGCGAUUUUCACCUCCCCUCAAGGCGCCCGAAGUAUCCCAUCGUCGUGCUGUACUACGAUCCAUCGACGAAGAUAUACGCGCGGUACCGACUCCCCCGACUAUGAUCAAUGCCCACGCUGGGCCGUCAAUCAUGAUGCGGCGUCGUCCUGUCGAGCCUAUCCUUCGGCCAGCACCGGCGAUUGUGCAUCCAGCAGUUGCCAUGCCACCCAUGCCAUUCGGUCCUCCGACUGAAGAUUUCAUACCGGUUGUCCACAAACGUGUCCCGGAGCCCAUUCAGACCAACAUACACGACAUCUCACGCACUCCCAUCAUCAUGCCGCCCAUCCCGCCUACGCCUAGCAACGAUGGCUUCACCCCUGUCACACCCGCUCCUUCCCCGAGGCUGAAAGGGUUUCGGUCGAACAGGACGUCACACCUGUCACAAGACGCUCUGGGUAUCUCCGUGGUACGGUUCAAGAGCGUGAAGGCCCAGAUAGUAGACGACGAACAUGACGAUAUGACGCCGCUGAGCCCAGCCAAAAAUAGAGAUAUCGAAGCGCAGGUAUUGCCAAAGAUGAAACCCAAGCGAAAAACACUGCUUGGCGUGUUGGAGGGGUGGUGGGAUCUUGGAUUGCUGGAGAGGGGAAGAAGCCUGAGGAGGAGGGGCUAG